CUGUCUGAAACCUUUGACAUGUGUGUUAAAUUGUGCAAAUGUUGCACAUAAGGAUUUGAUAUCUUUUUUGGACCUAGAGAAACAUCUCGGUGGAUUGGAAAAAGAACAGGAUUUUGUCACUGAAGCUGGAAAUUAUAACUAAUCCAUUACGUCUUUUUAAACCUUUAAAUUUGGCUGACGAAACAAUUUUGCUGGAAAGUAAUAUUUUUUCUUGCCAAGAUUCUAAGAAAAAAUUGGACACUUUACAGUUAGAAUUCAGCAUUUACAUGUAUCGGAGACGUCCUUGUAUUUUAUAAACAGCUGAUUAAUUGAUUUUUAGUGGAGGAUUAUCUAUAGGUAGAUUGUUAUCAUUACUUACUAUAACAUUGUGUGUUAUCUGUGAACAAAAGGGGAGCAUGACCACUUGUGUUAGGAAAUGGAGAUAUCACGAAAUUUCUUAAUCAACUGGUGAUAAAGAUAUUCCUGGUGGUUGAUUAAGGUCCCCGAUAAAAAUACCACAACACGUGACUUAAAUAUUAUGACAAGCAGCAGACAUCGGUGACUUAAGACAGCUGGACAGGUGUCAUGAGAAUGUAAUGUUAAUAUCUCUCAACUUGUGAACUCGUAAAAUAGGAUUUCAAUCAUUUUAAGGAAUUUUUUAGACUUGGAAAAAAGACCUCGAUAAAAUUCUGGUGGUAUUUUUCAAUUUCAUUUCCCUGUCCAUUUAGAAUAUUUAUGCGCUUUUUUCUGAAACAUGCAGGGAAUGAUUGAUUUUGACGAUUGCAAUUUCCUGAAAAACGAAAGAAUUGUGCGAUUGGUCAUAAUUUGAGAAGGAAACUACUUGUAGUGAAACUAAAUGUAACAUUUGUUGUGAAAUGUUCAGUAAUUAAUAUUUUUACAGGGAAAAUUAAAGCGAUGACUAUUGAAAAAUUGCACAUUACAAAUAGAGCUGUGCAUGACAAAUUAAUAAUAGCAAAAGGGGAUUUUCAGACUGUUAAUUGAUAUAUACUGUAAUUAUUUGAAUCAUUGUUGAUGAGAUUAUAUAGUUAAACUGUUUGGAAAAAAAAGUUUUGAGAUUUUUCUCAUGUUUUUGUAUCUAUAUUUCAAAAGGAAGUGUAUAGAUAGAUAAUGGGAUUGACUUAAGAUGAUAUUUGUUGGAAUAUGAUUUCUAUCAAGGUGGAAUUUCUCAAUCCAUUGUGAAAAUAUAAAAAAAAAAUUGUGAAAAAUCAAAGCUUCAUAUACUUUUACCUUCAUUGUCUUGAGUAAAAGACAGAAUUCGUGUCGACCUUGGAAGUAUAACACUCCCUUUGAGAUAGGAGUCCACAGCUAUAAAUGAAAGAAAGAGAACUAAUAAAAGAAAAUACUGAAUUGUUCGCAAAUUUUAUCAUUUCUAAAACUUUACAGAUUUCAUAGAAAAUUGACUAUUGAAAAGUAUUUGAAAAAAAAACUGAAUAAUUAUCUUAGUUGCCAUAGAAAUCUGGAAAAGAACUUUUGAAAAGAUUGACAGCUUUUAACAUAAGAGAAAAUCUGUGCUGCAUAAUAGUGAAAUAUGGAACAUACAGCUUGACAUAAGUCAAAUUCAAUUUUUUAUGAGAGACUGCAAAGCGAGUUGCAUGGAUCCAUUAUAAAUGCUUCCCGGCGAUGUAUACUAUUACUCUACCAACUCCUAUGUCCUGUGUGUUAAGCAAAAUAACCAUGAUCAGUCUGAACCUACAGAAGAGGUCAAGGUCAAGAAGCCAGGAUUAAACCCGAAUGCUACAGUCUACAAACCUGCUGAUGUCCAGUGGGAUGUUAAUGUUAACGAAUAUCAAUAUACAAAUGGAGAUUUAGGGAAAGGUGAGGGAGGGGCGCUGACUCCAACACAGACACCCCUCCCAGAGGUUCCUUUGGACAAUGCUAUGGGAUAUCCUUAUGAGCCAAACCACAGUAUAGAUAAUGAAGAAGACCCGUCACCAGAAUUGGAUGGUGAAGCUCGCAAACGACAAAUGAUAAAAACACAACUAGAGGCUUGUCUGUCGAGAGAAAAUCUAGCAAGUGAUAGAUAUCUACAGUCACAGAUGGAUGCUGAUCAGUAUGUUCCCAUAGCAACAGUUGCCCAGUUAGACCAGAUAUCACAGUUGACAAAGGACCUUGAACUUAUAGUUGAUUUAAUCAAAGAAUUGCCUAAUGUCCAAGUGCAUGAAGAUGGAGAAAAAUGCAGACCUAACCACAACAGGUGUACAGUCAUUCUGAGAGAAAUUCCAGACGACACACCUCUGGACGAUGUGAAGGGACUAUUUGCCAGUGAGAAAUGUCCUAAGUUUGCUAGCUGUGAAUUUGCUCACAACAGUAACUGGUUUGUGACAUUUGAGUCGGAUGCUGAUGCCCAGAGUGCCUACCAGUAUUUGAGAGAGGAGGUUAAAACUUUCCUUGGCAAACCUAUUAUGGCAAGAAUAAAAGCUAAACCUCUGAUUAAAAAUACAUAUCCAAGGAAUGGUUACAACCGUUACCAACAAAAUCAACAGCAGCAGCAGCAACAACAACAGCAACAGCAGCAGCAGCAGUUGAUUCAGCAACCACAACAACAGCAGGCUCAACAGCAACAACAACAACAACCGACAGAGGGACAAGGACCACAACAAACACCACAGUUUCAAGUGCAACCCCAAGUCUCAUUAAUGUCAAAUAUGUCAAAUAUACCUAACUAUAGUCAGCAGGCAUUACCAUUCUUUCCAAAUCCCAACUUGAUACAGUGGCAAUCUAGUCCAAUAUUGGAUCCAAGCAUGGUAAGAGAACAUGCUAAUUAUCAACUUGGGGUGCUAGCUAUUAACGGUUACCAGGCAACAAGUGUUAAGUUGAACACACAACCAAGAACUCCAUUUGGAAAUCUAAAUAGAAAUAAUCGGAAUCCGAGACAGAAUAAUCGCCUUGGUAACCAGGACAGAGGUCCUUUAGACAACCGCCCUAGUCAUGACCGACAACCACAAAGUCAUCGCACAAGUCCACGGAUGUCGGAUAACCAACCGAUCUCAGGUCAUCACUCAUACCAAAGUCAAAGUCGACGAACCCUGGACAAUAAUGCCAAUCACAGUCACAUGUCACCUAUUAUAGAUAAUAACAAUAUACCUGCAGGCAGACAAUCGGAAAUUCCAAGCAGAUACAAAAGUAGAAGAAAGCCCCCAAUAAAUGGUGGUCCAAAAUUAAAUAAUAUGAAAGACAAGCCAGAACCUCAGUUUGACUUUGAAAGCAGCAAUUUUCCUCCGUUAAGCGGGCCUGGUACCACAAGUGCUUCAACAUCAUCCACUUCUAAUGAAGUGUUUGAGAGCAAACUUUCUGACGUUGUGAAAGGAACUGCCAAGCCACAGGCUAAACCUCAAACCAAUGCAUCCCAACCACAGCCUGUGAGUCCAGUAGCCCCACCGAGGCCAGCCACACCUCCUCAACCUCAGAAAGACCACUCUAAUAAUUCCAGUAGUGCUAUAAAUGGAACCUCUGCAAUAUCCUCCCAGAGUAGUACUCCAACGAGGGUUCCGUCGCCUCCACCUGUCUCUCCUCAAAAGUCUCAAAAGACUACAAUUGUUGAACCUCCUCAGCAACAGAAAGUAAUUGAGGUUGUUCAGACACCUGUUAAAGUGACACCAGUCUCUUCAACACCAGUCAAAACGGCUGAAAGGGCCACUUUUCAGGCUGAAAGGGAAAGGCCUUCUCCAGCCAAGUUAUCUUAUGCUCAAAUGGUGCAGAGAAAAGGAAGUGAGAAAGAAGAAGGAAGCGCUGCCGAAGGAAAACCAGACGAUCUUAGUGACAAUUCAGGAAAUGAGUCGCCUCAGUGUUCUCGUAAAACUCUAAAAGAGCAGUCGCAGACUCAAAAACCUGCUCCUCGUACUCCAUCAAAGGAGCAUGGUCGUAGGGAGUUUGAACCUAAAGAACAGCGACAUGGAGGGGGUCGUAGGCCUGCCAAGGAAAAUCGUAUUGAUAGGAGAGGAGACAGACGUCGAAGUGAUAGGAAUGACCGUGAGGGCUCUAGAUCAUCAGUGUCGUCUGCCAAGUGAAAAGUGGCAGGAAUUUGAUGGCAGCAGACACAUAAAAAACAUUGGCAAAAUUGUUUAUGAUUUCUGUGAUAAGGGAUUAAAAAUGAAACCAUUUUCUGAAGAAGAUUUAGUAGGAGAAAAUAUGAAUUUGUAGUGUGAAGAAGAGAAUUUGCUGCCGAUUGUCAGAAACUUUUGAUAUUGAUAAGGACUGGUUUUCUGUCAUUGAUGGUUGCUUAUGGGUAAAGUGUUUAGGAUAUGUAACCAGAUAAUGACAUUGGUUUUGAAAGAGUUGCAUCAGGACGAGAUGCUUUAUACUUGUUUUGUUCUGUCUUUCUUCUUUGUUAUCUUCUCUUUUCUUUCUUUCUAAAGUUAAAAUGCGUUUUAUCAAAUUUAAAAUUUUUAAUAUGCAAAAUUGUACAUAAUCUUGAAUAUGUAUAUUUUGUCUGAGCAAAGCUGCAUGGAUUGGAAGAAAUUUAAGAAGUUUUAUUGCGUAAGUGCAUUCAAAUAGAUAGCUACAACUUUGUAUAUAUUUUCUCAUUAAAAAAUCUUUUUAUUUCGAUAAUUCAAAACAUAUUUCUGAUUAUAAUCCCAGAACAAUUUUUCCUGUCAGAGGUAUCCUCAUUAAAUUAAUCUGCAUUAUGUCUAGUUGUUUACAAUAUUGCCUAAAAACCAUAGACAGAUAUUUUGUUUUAAAUCAGGGUCUGACUGCAGUGGACGAAGGUCAGAUUUUGUUUGACCUCAAUCAAUUGAUGAAAGAAUGGCCAUUAAUUAAAUAUGUUUGGUGCUAGCUCUGCAAUAUUGGUUGGACUGGUAUUGGAAACAUACUUUUUAAAGUGAAGGAAAUCAAAACUUUUCUUAGAGUUCAGGAAUUAAGAAUUUUUUUCUUAAUUGGAGAUCGGAAAUUCAAUGUGAAAUUUUGGAAAAUUCUUUUUCCUGGUAAUUAGUUGACUGAUCUCUGUGAAUGCAUUAGUAUUACAGUUUCUAUGAAUAGAACAGAAACUUUUUGUUCAGAGUUGGACAUUGUGCCACAGACUAUUUUAAAAACGUUGUGAUGAUAUGUUGAUCGACCCACAAUUAUAUAAAUUAACGUGGGGAUAUUUUGUAUAUUGGAACUGUAUUUUUUGCUUGUUGCUUUAAAUUUAUUGUGUGUAUAAUGAGAAAUGGUGAGAAUGAAUGAUUACAAACAUUUGUUGUUUUAUUAUUGUUGUCAUGGUUACGAUGGUGAUAUUAAGGGAGUAAACAAACACUGGGGUUUUUUUUUUUUUGCAACUGGUUCAAAUAAAACAUAUGGCCAUGUUUGUUCCUCUGACAGGUCAAAAGUUAUAUUUCUGUUGACUUUCGUAGAAAGUUGAAGGAUUUUUUUUUCAUUUGUUAAAAGAAAUGUUGAGAAUCUGUGAUAAAUAUUUGUGAAAAGUUUUUAUAUCUUUAUUUAAUAUUAAGAUCAAAGAAAUAAGAAUUAAUGAUAGUGCUAAUUAAAUCAUUGAACUGAAUAUAACUGCUUAUAAAAUGGUAUCUAUUGGUGCAUAUUUAUAACCAUUUUCUGAUGUUGCUGUUCUACAAGCCAUUUUUUUCUGUGGCUUGUGGCAAGUGAGGAUUCAGCCACGGAAAUUGGACAAAUACAGAUAAUUUUGAAUUAGGUCUAUGAAUGAAAACUCGGCAUUUAGCUGUGAGAGGGUAAAAUUUUCUUUACACUUUUCUUCAGAAGGUACAAGUUUUCAGAAACACUAAAAUUUAUAUAAUGUUACAAGUGCCAAAUGUAAUGCAGCAUUGUAGAGAUAAAUUCUGAAAAUGAAAAAUAGAAAUUGUAAUUGAAAGUGAAAAAAUGUGUUGUGGAAAUGAUGUCUGGCACACCUUUUCUGGUUUUAUCUAGUCUUGUUUUAGUACUAAUAAAAAAAAAUACUGCUCUUUUGAGUUCCUGUAACAACUAAUGACUUUUAAGGCAAUAACAGAUGUUUUGAAGUCAAUUUUCUUGCAUUUUCCAAAUAUCAUAUAGGUCUUUCUGCAGCUGUUAUUUGUGUCAUAAGGGAGAUAACUCUAUUUAAAAUUUUAGAAGCUUGAAAUCGCACAUAAUCCUGUGUUUAUCUGAAUUAAUAUCACCAUCGUAAUUAACAGUGUUUUUGUUUUGGGAGAAAUAGCACAUAUUGAUCUUGGCACAUGUCAAUCAUUUGCAUGGGUGGAGUCUAAUCGGCUUAUGAUAUUUUUUAAUAUUUAGAUUUUUUUGUAAUUUGCACCUUGAUGUUAAAAUUUAUGUUUAAGAUUUAUUAAUUAUGUAUUACUAUUUAUGGUUUUGGUUUUUGUUUUCUUGUAUUUUUUCAUACAUGUCAUUUAUUUCAUCAUGAUAAAAAGUAUCAAGAAACCACAGUUGAUGAUUAACAUUGAAAUUGUAAUUUAAUUAGUUGUUGAAUAAUUUUUCAUUAAAUAUUACUCAGAGAACUUUAAACUAUGAUUCAUCUUGUUAUCAUUAUAAUCCCAUAAAUGCUCAAUUUUGUUUUAAUUUUUCAUUUUUCUAUCAUGAUUCUUUGACGGGAUUUUUAUUUGAGCACAAAAUGCUGAUUUUCAUAAACUAAUUAAAGUCAAUAAUGAAAACAUUGCCUUAUUAUGAUUUGUUUCUAGAUAAUUAAAAAUCUUCCAUAGAGAAUUUAAAGAAAUGAGAAAAUGAAAGAGGUAGAUCAGAUACAGAAAUAGUGUGCAAAAAUUUUAGAUGCUUAUUUUUUUAUUGUACAUUUGACAGGUCUGUAAAUUGCCUAUUUUUAAAAAGUCAGUUUGACAAAUGAAUACUACUGACUGAAAAAAACUUGUUUCCAAGUUAUUCUAACAUAUCAUGUAAAAGUCUUUAAAAACUCUUUGUAAAUUUCAGAAAUAUACUAAAUUAUGUUCUAACUGAAAUAAAAUCAGCUUACUAAUAAAUAGGUGUGUGUAGUUUUAUUAAUUUUUUUUUUGUAGUUAAGAGGUUCUUUAAAAAAUUAAUUUUUUGCAGGAAUUUUUUUUUUUCAAUUUUAAUCUAGAAAAACCAAAAUAUGCCGUACAGGAAUUGUGUUCACAGUAGUGUAAAAUAAUAGCUUUAAAUGUGUUUCUUUUGGUUAAAAAAAAGGUAAGACAUUUAAUUUGAUACUCCAUGCAGUGAAGAUAUUAAGAGACAGAGCUUCCUUGUUUGACGAUCUAUCAUCAUGUUUGACAUGUUUCAGAGUAUGAAUUAACGCUUUGUCUCGCAAAGAUGAUUCUUUUCUGCUUUUUGGCAGAUUUUCGCUGUUUUCAGUUCGGAUUUAACUUUUUUACGCGGUGUCUACGAUCAAUAAUACUGUUAAUUUUCAACAUUUUAUUUCCAUCAUUAAAAUCAUAUCUGGUCUCAGGGCCUGCAUCCUAUUAAGAUCUUUAAGGUCUUUUUGAAGCAUUAUACUGACAGACUGCAGAUCUUAAGCCUUUAAAAGACAGUAUUAGUUCUGUUUCCCUGACCCAUUGACAUAUAUGAAGGCUGAAGACAUCCAGGCCACACGAUAUGAACACUCAAGUGGAUUGCUUGUUACAUAGAUUUUUAUAACUUUUUUUACCUUUCUAUGAAAUUAACAUUCCAACUCCAAAAACACUCUAAUACCAUGCAUGUAGCAAGGGUUAUAAUUUUUAUGUUCGUCAAUGAAUAAGAAUAAAAAUAGAAAGAUAAUUCAUGAGAAUUUCAUACCCAACAGAAAAUAAAAAAUCCUAUUGAUAUUUGGAUUUCAAUUUUAAUUUUUGAGAAAAUUUGAUAAAGUUAGUGUUAUUAAUUUGUGAGACAAAAAGUGUUGGAAUGAAUUUUGAAUAAUUGAAAGAAGAAGAGACGAAAUGAGGAAGGCACUGUUUUUCCAAUUCAUUAUUUUCUAUUGGCUUUCUUCCAUGUUUUAUCAUGCUAUCAUUUUACAAACUGCAUUUUUGUCCAUAGCAACAAUUAAUUUAUAUAGUAACGGUUUAGAUGUUGUAUAUGCAUUUAGCUGAGGACGAUAGUUAUUACAUUUAUUUGAUCAACAUCUUAUUUUUUAAUCAGAUUAUGAUAAUUAGGGGAAAUUAUUGUGGUAUUUUGUAUUCAUUAAUUAAAGUUGGCAAUCACUGAUAAUCAAACGCACCCUUGGAUUGUUGCUUAUAUUGAAAUCAUACAUUGCUUUACUUUUCUAAAGAGUCCAGUAUAAUUUGAGGUUCAAAAUUUGUUCCAAGGUUUGAAGAUCCAGUUUUCAUAUAUUCAGAUGUAUCUUUUUUUUACUUAGAAUUUAACUGUUUCAUCCAAAUUUUUUCUGGAAAUUUUGUUUUUGAAUUCUGACUAUUUUCUUCUAUAUCAGUUUUCACAAAAAUGACAAAAAAAAGAAAAUCACAAAAAAAAUGUGCAUCCCCACCCAAUUGUUCAAAAAAGUUUCAUGAGAAUCUAGAUUAUAUUAAAUAAUCGCCUUACAUGUACCUAUAUUUUUUUUGCUCAAAAGUAAAAAGUCACUGAAAAAAAGCUGACAUAACUACAUGCUAUGUUCAAUCAUCCAUGAAAGAUGUUGAGAAAAUAAUGUAUUAAAUUGUCACUUGAUUAUUUCUCAUGUUUGUGUGUGUUUAUGAGCGGGAUAAAAAAUUGUUGUGUACAUAUUAAAACUCCUUUACGGAAUAGAAAAUAUUUUAUCGAUAACCUGUUAUUUGUGUGAAAAUUUGUUCUGUGAGAGGAUUUUUUUUGACGUUCUUGAUGCAAAUUGUUUAUUAUUUCUAAAUGUAAAUAUGAUAAUCAACAGUGAAAAAGAUGAUGGCUGAUUUUUUGGCCUAUAGUGAAAAUAUUAUUUUGGAUAAAAUGCAUCGUAAGAAUAACUCCUGACAAAUGGAUUUUUAUCCAACUUAUAAUUUUUCAGUUAGAAAAUUAUUGCGUAAAUAAAUACUAGCUCCCCGUCUUUUUGGCACCUGUGUAACCACAUUUAAAAACUAAAACUAAAGGAAUGUGUGUUAUAUUCAUUAAACAUAUGAAGUUAAAAUGUGAUAUGCGAGUCCCUUUUGAAACAUUUAUUUUGUUUGACAUUUGGUACCGUAUAAACUUGUAGCAUUCUUCUAUAGUAUGAGGGAUGUCAUUUGAUAUAUUUAAACAUUUGUAGACAAAAUUUCUGUAAAAUAAGUUUAUGAUUGAAAAUUAGACGUACAUAUAAGGGUAUUGACUAAUUUCUAAUUUAUUCCAUAAUGUAUUAAAAAUGUUUUUGUCAUAAUUUAAUUAAAACUUGUACCAUUUUUGCUUGCAAGUUUGACCAGGUUGACACCAUGAGAUAUAAGUUCAUUUCUUUGGUUGAUUAUCAGGUGCAAGAAAAAAAAAUUGAUUAUAAGAGAAGGAAGCUAAGUCAUAUAUUCAAAAGUUUAGAGAAUUUUUUAUGGACAAGUUUUAAUUGAAUGUUGACAGAAGUAUUCAGUUGUUGAUAGGUCAGUAUUUUGUUGACCUAUCUUGCCAUUAUUAUAUCAAAACCAUGUUAACAAGAAAGAGUGUGUGAUAGAAAACUUAUCUGCUGUUGGUGUUCAUAAUCAUCCAAUCAAAUUAUGUGUUACAUGAUGCUUCAGCUAAUGGUAAACAGGUUUAUAAAAAAUUAUCAGCCAAUCAUAGAGUAGCUUACAGAUUUGUUAAGCUAGUGAAAUUUGGUUCAUAGCCAAUCAUGAACAGGCUUGCAGAUUUGUCGAGCUAGUAAAAAUAAGUCUAUCAUAACACGGCUUACAAAUUUGUCAUCCAAACAUAGUUCUUCGAAACACAGUGAGGUUUUUCACAUCUUGAAAAAAAUGGCACAAGUUCUCCCCAAUAUUUUAAAAUGUUUAUGAUCAUUGUAUAUUUAUAUCUGGACACAGUGCAUAAUAUGCAGUUUUAUAAUUGACUUUGCUAGUAUCUGUCAUUAUACGGUGCUUUCUGGUUGUUUAAUUUCACCACACUGAAAAAUGAUUAACAAAACUUGAGUAACUCUGAUUUUUGAAGUCUGUGCUGGUACAAUGUACUGUGAAAGUAUUUUUAUUCAUGGAUAUCAAUUGUUGUAGAUUCAUAAAUUCAUGAAUUUCAUGAUUUUGCCAACUGCUGUAGUAGUAUCUUUGAAAAUAAAUUUUAGUUUGCAUGCAGAAAUUAUAGGAUAGCCUCUUUAUAGCAGAUAAUAUUAAAGAGUAGUUUAAGAUGAGAAUUAUUUUUCCAUACAAUUUUUAAAAAGAAAAUUUAAUCAAUGGAAUUCAAUAUCAUAAAACUUUUGGUAUCUAGGACUGUUUCAGAAACAAAUGAGAAGGGGGUAGCAAAAGGCACUUUGUUCCGACCGUGUGAGGGCUGUAUAACCAGUCAAGGUCGUUAAAAAUUUCCAUCAUCAAGGCACUUUGUUAGAAUAGAAGUGGUAUUGUUAUCCAAUAUUGUUCAGUUAUCUUUCCUUCAAGCAAGUUAAAAUUGGUCCAGAUAUGACAUGAUUUGAAAUAAAGGGGGGAAGAAAUAUUGACUUCCUUAUGUUAGCUUGAUCAGGGGAGAUAACUUUAUAGGAAUUCAGAAUUGGAAAGAAAAGUGCCUUUGGCUUCAGAUCCCCCUUCUCUGCUCUAUAACUAGCAACAGAAGAUGUAUAAUACACCAUAGUAUGUAUAAUAUGCACCUGCUUCGCAAGUUUCACUUUGACAGUUGUUUACUGUAUAUAUUUCUUUGUUUAAGAAAUGUACAUAUCUAAUUAUAAUAUUGUUUAUGUAGACAUUGUGAUGUCGGCUCAGGAAGGAGAGGGGUGGUCUAAACAAAGGUAGAUGACUCUUUAUUACUUUGAAAUUCUAUAGAUUAUCAGUUUGAAGUAACCAAAAAAAAAAAUUGUCUGUUUUACCAAUUUUUCUGCACCAGAUAAAAUGGGGAUUAAGUAAAUUUAAAAGAUUAUAGUCACAUAUUGUAAAAACAAAGUUUUACCUCAUUUCUUUUCUUACACUCAAUUGUAAGUGCCCCUUAGGGGCUCUUUGUUCCUUCCAUGAAAUUAAACUUUCAAACGAAACCCCUAUUUCCUGAGCAGGAACUCCAGACAUGACUAAUUUACAGGGAAUUUCUAAUAUUUAUGCUGUACAUUUUGUUAAAGAAUAGUAAUCUUUAUUCUUGAUACUUUAUGAUUUUUGUUUGUUGCAAAAAUUUUAUCAAAUCUGUAGAUUUAAUGAAUUGUAAUAUUUAAAAGAAUUUUAGUUUAUAACAUGCUAUUGCAUCAGAAUUAUUUUCAACUUUAAAUUAGUUAAGUUGACCCUUUCUUAUGUUUAUUUUACCAGAAUGAAAAUGGUAAGCUCAGUAUUUACUUUUGCAAAGCAGAAAAAGAGUUGCAUUCAGAUUUGUUACACAAUUCAGGAAAUCUUUCUUAUAAAAACUAUCUUCCAAUUCAUCUUUAUUCCUGAAAUUGUCUCAUUUUUACUGAAAUGAUAGUCCUUGGAUCAAAACCACUCCAGGAGUAUGCAAUUAUACCACUUUUGACCCUAAUGACCUUCAGAACAUUUCUAAUGGACAUGAAUUGGAAGAUGCUGUAUCCCAAAAAUUGUUGAGAAUUGAAAUAAGAUUAUUUUUCAUUAGCCUUUAUGUUUGGUUGAAACAAUAUUAUAUGUCAAAUUGGAUAUAUUUACACAAUUACUUCCUUCUCGUAGAAAUAUCAUUGUAAUACUAAAUAUUCAUACUUAAUGCAUACUAACAUUUAGUGUAUUUAGAAUAUUGUGGAGAACAUAUCUAUGUACACAAAUAUUUGACAUUCAUAUUGCAUUCUGUUCACAACAAUUUUUUGGCAUUAACUGAUCUUCAGAGAUACACAAAAUAAAGACAUCAUCAUUAAA